AUGAUGAUGGAAUUGGUGUUUAAGGCGGGUACUUGUGAUUAUGAUGAAAGUUCAAAAAUUUGUACUCCAAAAGCCGUCAAGGGGUUAGUUAGUAUCAAGCCGUGUCAAGACGCUGAGGGGUUUUAUGAAUUUCUGUGGAGACCGCUAGAUCGUACAACUGUAAGAUCACAUAAACCAAUUGAACUUAUUUUGAUACCCGGAGAGACUAAAUGGGUACAGCUGAAGUCGUGUGAGACUGGUCGAGUGUUUUGUUUGUUGUUUUCUUCUGGAGAGAAGUACUUCUUUUGGUUGCAGCAGAAGCAUCAGGGAUCUGAGCACGUUAGUGAAUUAAGUGUUAAAGACAAGGAAAUAUUGGAACAAAUAGAGGGAUACUUAAACUUUGUCGAAGAAGAGGGAGACGAGGCUAACGAUCAGGAUGUAGCGAUGGGUGAUACACAAGAUGUUAUCGCAGAUGACACGCAUAAUAAUGGCCCGGAUAAUGGCCAACAUCAUGACCGUAGUGAUGGUGAUGAAGGUAACCAGGGAAACAGUCAGGAGUCUGCUCAGGCGGGAGGCCAGAAUGAUAACCAGGGUAAUGUUCACGACGACGGUGAGGGUAAGAAGCAGGGUACUGCCCAAGAGAAGCCGGCCCAUCAGUCUUCCCAACUGUAA